UCUAGUCAUCAUAACCUCUCGUAUAUUAUUCUUCCAGAGCCUCGGUCGUCAUCGCCUUGCUCUUUGUCCCCAUUCUCUCUGCUCCCCAUCCUUGCCGACCUUUGGCCUUCAUGGCCUCUUUGAACCCAAACGCGCCAGUCUACAUCCCGUCUCUCCACCUCCUUUCGUUGGAGAGCUACUAUUCUCCUCCUCUUUCUCAGCACCCUUCUCUUUUGUCUCCCUUGUGUUUCCAGGACAACCAAAUUCCAUACCAGAACAACGCCCUCUAUACCUCUUCUCCUUCUCCUUACAUACAUGACCUUUGCUACUAUCUUUACCCUCAGGCUUCUUUCAUUUGUUGCUAUAGAAAGGAGUUUCCUUACUUUCAUAUCCCCCAACCUUGCCCUCCGAGGUCCCUCCCUCACCCUCUCCCACCUUCUGGUCUCCAGCAGUCACGAGCUUCUCUAUCUCUCUUAAGCGAGGAGGGCGAGGAGAAAGAGAAGCUCGAGGACCAUGUUGUCUCCGUGACCCAAGGGAAGCAAGAAGUGGAAGAGAAAGUGGUAAGAAAGAAGGUCUGCAAGGGUGUGAAGGGUACAAAGGGGUUCAGGGUGUUUGCGAGUGAUUCUUUCACGGGGAAGAGAGUGUAUGUGCCGAAGCCCCCGCGUUGCCAAGGGCGACUUCCGCCGUUGCCCCAGAGGAGGAUGCUAACCGGCGACUACGAGUUCAAGGCGGAACCCGGGGCUGGAGAUUUAAUCAGUGAUGCGAAGACCACAGUCAUGAUAAAGAAUCUCCCCAACAGGUUCACCGUGGAGAAGCUCCUGGAGAUACUCGAUAAGCAUUGCUUACAAGAGAACGAGAAGUUUCUCUCUUUAGGAGGAGAGAAGAAAGCUUGUGAUGGGGUGGUGAAGUUGGGAGACGGGGAGGCAGCUACAACCCUCUCGGAGUUCGACUUCUUGUAUCUACCAAUAGAUUUCAGGAGCGGCAGUAACUUGGGCUACGCCUUCGUAAACUUCACGAACUCAACUGCAGCCUGGAGGCUGCACGACUAUCUGCACAAGUUUGAAUGGAAAUGCUUCGGAUCACGCAAGAUAUGCGAGGUUACCUACGCCAGGAUUCAGGGUUUGCAGGAGCUCAAGCAUCAUUUUACAAAUUCUGUUUUUCUUUGCGAUCGGGAUCAGUAUCUUCCGAUGUGCUUCCAGCCAUCCCGCAAUGGUUUCAACCAACCAGAGCCUGCAUAUGUGGGUAGGCGGCUGGAUGCUGCAUCAAAAGUUACGAAAUGACGAGGGUGAGGAAGAAAUCAGCAUGGUGAUGCACUGUCUAUCUAUCUAUCUAUCCGUCUAUGAUCUGUGUGCGCUGUAUGUACAUGGAUGGAUAGAAAGGCAGAUAGAUAGCUUAUGGUAUUGAAUGCAACACUAGCAGUACUUUUUAUGACCUGUUUGUAAUCUCAAGUUUGACUUUUCUUUUAUCUUGUGUAAGAUGAAAAGAGUAAGCGUAGAACUGCCCGUGUCUUUAGCUUCCGGAUUCUGUUGGUAUAUUGUUCCGGUUUCUGCUGGUUUAUUAUUGUUCUCUCUUCCGAUGUUCUCUCGGGUGUAUGUAUGUGUUUAAAAGAAAUGCGAGGAGGUGAGGGUAGAAAAGAAUGAUGGUUUGGAAAAGAAACCGGUCAGUGGGGAUGGUACGCUUGGACAUUCCUUUGAUGGAUUGGAGAGUACCUGGCCUUUCGAUCCUGCUGCGCACUGCCGUACAAGAAAAGGAUGGAGAGAAGGAAAGGGUGAUAAGAAUGAGCAAAGCUACAAGAAAGCGUGGAUUUUGAGA